UUAGGAAUCAUUGACAGCCAACCAGUGAUUGACGUUAUUUAGGGUUUAAUUGUGUAAAUCAUUGAUAAAUGCAUUGAUUAACAACACAUUGUUUACAUUGAUUUAUAUUAUAAAUUGAUUGCAAAUUGUUUACGUAUUUUAAUGAUUGUAUGAAACACGUGGUGUGAUCUCGAUUUUGGUCAACAUUUGAGACCAAUAACUGAUUGGAUUAGUGUUUAGUCAUAAGCAAAGUGUAAACAAAUCUCAAAAAAGAUGGAAAAUAACUACUUUUUGAUAAUUUUCCUCAUAUUUGUGGCCUUCACGGCACGGGAUAUACUGGUCGGUCACCAACAGAGGACUACUUCAGAUAAUGACCACAAUUCGGGUCCUGAUAUGGCGUCGAUUGUUAAGAAGGAGAUCCCUUCGAUGACAUUAAAAGCACCCGCAAGUGGACCGACACUUAAGAUACUGUAUUGCUAUUCAUGUGGUUAUAAACGGGCUUUUGAUGAGUAUUCACAUCUGAUUUCUGAACGGUUCCCACAAAUCAAUAUCAUUGGUGACAAUUACAGUCCCGGUUUAAUCAAAAACAAAGUCGUUCAGUUGUUAUCUGUCCUCAAACUAGUAAUCAUAGCACUACUCAUGGCUAAUGUCAAUCCCUUCCAACUAAUGGGUGUCCCGACACCCGGUGUCUGGUUUUGGAUGACUCAACACAAGAUGUACGCUUGUCUCAUGUUAUUCUUCCUGAGUAAUACCAUAGAGAGCCAUCUUAUGUCAAGCGGCGCCUUCGAGAUCUACUAUAAUGAUGUCCCCGUUUGGUCCAAAAUAACGACUGGUCGCAUACCAUCGCCUCCCGAAAUGUUUGAGAUAAUUGAAAACCAAAACAAGUUAUACGCUAAUCAAAUGAAUAUGAAUAUAGAUUUUAAUUCAAUGCCAUUACCCGGUAGACCAGUUUAGUGAUUAAUUGUUUUAAUAUACUUUUGUAUGAAUUUUUCAAUUAUUUUUUUUGUUAUUAUUGUUAAUCAAGUUUAUAACGACAUAGUAUUAGUUUUAUUUCUCCACUGAAUUAAUAAUAUUUUGUAAUAG